AUGGCACCAGCCAACUCGACCCUUGUUGUCACCAACAGUUCGAGUCUGACCAUAGAGCAGAAGAAGAUGGUUUUGCGGUACAGGAUAAUUGCUGCAAGCAUCGGCCUUGGGCUCACAGCCCUUGCUUUUGCAAUCUUCUUGUACGGUCGCAUCCGCCGGGCCCGCGAAAGACGAAGGAACGCCGGCAUUGGCCUUGCCGAACAGGCCCCGCCCGAGGACCCUUCUGCCAUCGAAGCUCCUCUUAUCCAGCCAGAGAAACCGAAAGGAACCGACUACCAUGGAGAUGGUGGUGACGAAGCGGGCCCGGACCCAAAGCAGGGUCUUUUGGGGAACCCAGAACACAUUGCGAACGGGGACUGGGACGAGGUCCAGCGACCUGUGAGCAUCGCGAGCUUCACCACUCCGCAAAUCCGGUACGAAGAGUAUCAGUCACAGACCGAUGGUCCUCUCGGUACAGAUGUGGUCAAGGCUUGA